AUGAAGCACCCCUUCUUUCUUCCUACACACAUUUUCUUCCCACUCCUCCGAAUCGAGCUCCCGAUAAUGCCCUUCCACAAUCCCGUGGGCCCCACCCGCCCGACUGAUCUCGAUUAUCGCCCUAAGCACCUUAUCCUGCUCGAUGUUUGGGCCGUAAAUGUGAUUGACAUUGGGUCUGGGAUUGGGAUUGGGCCGGUCGGUGAGGGGGAGGUUUUGGUGGAUGUGGGCGGCGGCGGCGAUGAGGUGGACGGCGGCGGCGGCGGCGAGGGAGAGGGUGCGGCGGCCGCCGACGAGCUCGCAGGCGGCCACGCAGAGGGAAGGGGCGGUGGUGGGUGGGGCGGCAAGGGGAUGUACAGUGUUAGGUAA